UUUUGGAGCAAAGUCAGAGUCAACUUUAGUCUGAUGAAGAGCAGUUGUGUGUAAACGUCUCCUGGGUGUAAUUAAUAAGCCGUCAUUGGAACCCUGCAGUUUGUGAGCUAUUUGUUGGUUUAUUGCCGAACAGAACACAGAUUAUUGCAUUGUGUAGUCAGACAGGGCAACCGGACAGAGACUCUAUAAUGUUCAUCUUUGUGAUACUGGGGCUGCUUGUCUGCAUUGAGGCACAAGGGCCCAUUGCUGUGACUCCUGUAUUUGUGAAGAAGGGAGAUGAUCUGAUUCUGAAUGUUGAUGCUGAUGUUCCUGAGGAUGUUUUAAUUGUUGACUGGAACUUCAAUAAAACGGUCAAAUUAGUAAGAUUUACAUCCAGUGGACAGCCAACUGUCUUGGUGGAUUUACCUGGAAGGUUUGAGUUUCCUGUGAAAAAAUUCUCUGUGAAAUUGAAGAAUCUUCAAAAGGCAGACAGUGGAGUUUAUACUGCAAAAGUGUUAACGGCUCAAGGAGACCAACCACUAGCUGAAUACAAGGUCACAGUUGAAGAUCCAGUGUCUCCAGUUAAACUGACAGUGGACCCAGUGGACCCACUGGUCUCCAGAAGCUCCUGUAAUCUCACUGUGACCUGCAGUACACAGGACUCCAACAUCAGCAGCACUAUUAGAUGUGUCAACCAAACCUGCAGUCAGGAGGGAGGAGAGCAAUCAGAGGUCACAACCUCUGGUGCUUCUCUCCGGGUCCACCUGUUGAAUAGCUCAAUCAUCUGUAACCAUAGUAACCAUGUUAGCUGGACCAAAGACGUUAUAAUGAUUGAAGACUUUUGCCUCAAAUAUCCUGGUUCAGAGAGUCCGUCUGCUGGUAUCUCUGUGUACCUGGUGAAGAUAGUCGUGUUCUCUGUCGGUCUGGUCAUCAUGGUGUCGGCCGUCAUCACUGUUCACCUCAUGGAGAAGCUCAAGAAGCACAAAUAAAGAAUGCUCAUGCUAUACCACUGAUCCACAGCUGGAGGCAGUAACACACAAGAAAAGGCAGUAUAGAGGAGGAGGUGGAAGAAUGCAAGCCAGCAAACAUGGAUGUAAAAAAUGUAAGAUUUAAACAUUUAUAAAAUCAGCUUUGCAAAUGUUCCAUGGUGAGGGUGAUGGAUUUAAAUCGUGGACUCAGUAAUGCAUUUUGGUGAGAAAAACUUCAUGUAAACAUUGUUUCUUCACAAGAAAACUGCAAAUGUUACCUUUUAAACAAAUGCUUUAUUUAUUAUCCAUAGAUUGUAUCCAAUUAUCACUGUUCUCACUUUGUAAAUACAAAUUAUUUCAC